ACCCUGCCGAUGGUCGAGCUCGCCGGCGUGAUAGACCCUCUCUUCCCCUGCAACUCUUCCUCGUCAUCCCUUAGCUUCUCCUCCGCCGAUAUACCAUCUCCGACCAAGUCAAUAAUUUUGGUGGAGAGAUGCUGUACAUUGUUGGUCUGGGGCUGGGAGAUGAGAGAGACAUUACACUGAGAGGAUUAGAUGCAGUGAAAAAAUGCGAAAAGGUGUAUAUAGAGGCAUAUACAUCUCUUCUCUCUUUUGGUAUUUCUACAGAUGGUCUUUCCACACUGGAGAAGUUGUAUGGAAAACCAGUUAUACUUGCAGAUAGAGAAAUGGUAGAAGAAAAAGCAGACAAUAUUCUCUCAGAAGCUCAUGGAUCUGAUGUGGCUUUCCUUGUUGUCGGGGAUCCAUUUGGAGCCACAACACAUACUGAUCUUGUUGUUCGAGCAAAGAAACUGGGGGUUGAUGUCAAGGUAGUACAUAAUGCAUCUGUGAUGAAUGCAAUUGGGAUUUGUGGCUUACAACUCUACCGGUAUGGAGAGACAGUUUCAAUACCCUUUUUUACUGAAACAUGGAGGCCUGAUAGUUUUUAUGAGAAAAUUCAAAGAAAUCGCAAGCUUGGAUUGCAUACACUCUGCUUGUUAGAUAUCCGUGUGAAGGAACCUUCUUUGGAAUCUUUGUGCAGGGGAAGGAAACAAUAUGAACCCCCCAGUUACAUGACAAUAAAUACAGCCAUUGAACAGCUUUUGGAAAUAGAAGAGAAGCAUGGGGAAUCUGCAUACAGUGAAGAUACCGAGUGUGUUGGGUUUGCUCGGUUAGGAAGUGAGGAUCAGAUGAUAGUUGCAGGCACGAUGAGGCAGCUCCUGACUGUUGAUUUUGGCAAACCACUACACUGCCUUGUCAUAGUAGGCAAUACACAUCCUGUGGAAGAUGAAAUGCUGGAGUUUUACAAAAUUUAAAGAGUCAAACUUGGAAGAGAGUAGGGGUUAUUUUGGCUGCCAACUGGCUGCCAACUGCAGUCUGUUUGGAGUGAAAAGUUGCAUCUAAGUAUACAGUUUCCCCUGCAAAUUUGCAUAACCUUUCUGGUUUGGUCAUUUUGUGAUAGCAUGGACUGUAUGGUAGCUUUUGUAUCAUGAUGAUGAGUUUUCUUUUCUUUUCUUUUCUUUCUUUUAUUUUUUUGAGUUAUACAAACCUUAUUUAUAGUUUUAACCUUUAAACUAUUAUUGUUUUUUACGUACGUAUCAGAUCUGCACCGUGUGAUCUCUUGAACGACAGUAGUGUAUACCUUAGCAAGGACAUUGAGUUUCGAAAGAGGAUGUAUGUAAUACCAAGGCAAAUUACAUAUUGACAGAAGAUGACAAAUGUCUGUUACAUAAAUCAACAUGCUUGAACUUU